GGGCACUGACGGCGGCGCGGGCCGAGCGUGGGGGGUAGGGCGAGUCAUAUGACCCACUCGGCUUCCUGGCUCCGGCCGCCGCCGUCUUCCCGUGUCCGCCCGCGUCGCGCCGGGGCCCCGAGGAGCCGUUGAGGGGGUGGGGGGGUCCGGGCCGAGGCCCGCUCGUGUGGAAGUCCUCGCCGCCGUCGUCUGUCUGCCCUCGUGUUCGUCUUCCGUCCGAGCCGUCAACAUGCUGGCGCUCAUCUCCCGCUUGCUGGACUGGUUCCGCUCGCUCUUCUGGAAGGAGGAGAUGGAGCUGACGCUCGUGGGGCUGCAGUACUCGGGCAAGACCACCUUCGUCAAUGUCAUCGCGUCAGGUCAGUUCAGUGAAGACAUGAUACCUACAGUGGGCUUCAACAUGAGGAAAGUAACUAAAGGUAACGUCACAAUAAAGAUCUGGGACAUUGGAGGACAGCCCCGAUUCCGGAGCAUGUGGGAACGGUACUGCAGAGGAGUCAAUGCCAUCGUUUACAUGAUAGAUGCUGCAGAUCGUGAAAAGAUAGAACCUUCUCGAAAUGAACUACAUAAUCUUCUAGAUAAACCGCAGUUACAAGGAAUUCCAGUACUAGUUCUUGGAAACAAGAGAGAUCUUCCAAAUGCCUUGGAUGAGAAACAGCUAAUUGAAAAAAUGAAUCUGUCUGCUAUUCAGGAUAGAGAAAUUUGCUGCUAUUCAAUUUCUUGCAAAGAAAAGGAUAAUAUAGAUAUCACACUUCAGUGGCUUAUUCAACACUCAAAAUCGAGAAGAAGCUGAGACAUCCAUGAAGUCUUCCAGUCCUUCUUGGCUAUAAUCCUAGAAUUAUUGUCCGUUCCUCUGAAGUACUUCCCAGAAUACGGUCCUUCCUAAACCCAAGAAAUUGCCUUUUUCAGAGUUUAUUUCUCAUGUGCACUGCUGAAGAUGUAUAUCCCUAAUCCUUCAUAAUGAAUCAGCUAGAGUUGUCAUGAUAAAGUCAGCACACACACAGUAAGGCUUCUCACACAUACUUGUCUUAGUGUGUAGAGUUUUUUCUUCUUUUUUAAAUCUCCUUCAAAAAAAAAAAAGAUUUUUGACCAUCUUAAAUCAAGAAAAUUGGAUAUGUUCAUUCUGGUCUUUCUGGGCCAGAUUUUUAUAUUGGUUUUCAGUAAAUUUUAGUCUGUAAUAUUUCAUUAUAGAGUCCGGUAGCCUAAUACUGAUACUGACAUGAUACCGCAUGAAGUUUCUAGUGCCACACACAGUAUUUAGAAAACCUUUAAGCCUGACUCAUGUGGGAGUAUAAUGUUUAUUUUAUCUCACAAAUGCAUGUGAAAUAUAAUUACACUGUAGGAAUUUAAAAACUGGUCUGCAAAGAGUGAGCAGAAGCACCAGUUCAACGUUGUUGGUUCUUACUGAGAGCUCCUCCCUGAUGGAUUUUAUAAACCUGCUUUCUGAGAAUCCCUUAUCAGCAGAUAGCAGUUGGGGAGAUGGGAGAAGUUAAAGCAUGCUGUUUUGUAUCUAUCUGGAUUAUUACUUUUUUUUUCCCCCCUUUUAACAAUUUUUUAAGGGGUUGGGAAUUGAAGAUUUUCUCAAGCUUUCAUGAAUUUAGAGCAUUCCAGCCAAUACAAUAAAACCUGUUCACAAUGUCAGAUUUUAUUCAAAUACUUGUUUGUUCUGUCUCUAGUCAUUGAAUCAGUGCUGCUGCACAACACUCUAACUCUUGACUUUUUAUAUCCAGUCAUAAAGUUGACUUUCAGCACAAAAGGUAGUUAUAAACAAAUAAAAAUUCUUAUUUUUCUCUUACCAAGUAAGGUUUGGCACUCUUUUGUCCGGUGCCAUUAGACGUCUUGAUUAUUGUGACAACUCUAGACCUGCCUGCUUUAUCUAAUGUAAUCAUGCGCAAUGUCUACAGGUUGUUUAAUAAUCAAUCACACAGAGGACUGAGGAACCGAUGCUGUUUAUUAUUUGCUUCUAUAAUACAGAUGUAUAAAAACUUAAACAUGUUUUGUAGUUUAGUGAUCUCCAUAUAUAUAAAGGGACAUAUUAAUACUGGUUCACUUGUAAAUUGUUAUUCACAUACACUGCUGUAGUAGAUAAGUCUGUGGUACAUCUGCUUAUGUGUUGCCUCACACUGUGUGUGAUUUUCUUUCUGUUGUUAAGCAGCACUUUUGUAGACAGUGCAUUUUCAUAUGUGUUGAACACUCAGUGUGUAGUCAACAGUAAGUUCUUUUAAUGGAUACCAGUUUUAAUUUAUAGACUGCCAUGGCCUUAAAAAUAUUCUGUACAAAAUACUGCGCUGUGUUGCACAGACACUACUUGUUUUCCUCCAUUCACAUUUUUAAUAAGUAAAGUGUGGGCUUUAGAAGUUCUCUUAUUCUUUGAGGCAUGUUGGAUACUUCCAGAUGGAAUGGGUGAUUCUGUAAAUGAAGGGAAAUUUAAACUGUUGCUUUAGCUUGACAUCAUUAAUGGUCAGUGCGAUCCAUUACAAAGAAUGUGGCAACUUGCUUGUGCCUAAACAGAUGGAUUAGAACUAGAAUGUGUGACUGUGGGGACUAUUUAGGUUUAUUAAUUGACCUACAGCUAAACCUUAAUGUUUUUGUGUGUCUGUUCAUUGCUUUCAGCUUUUUAAGACAUCUAAAUGCUACUACCAUUUUCCUGUGCAUAACCUCUGCAUGUCAAAACAGUUACUGAACUUUGUAAAUACGUAAAUUUUUUAUUUGGAUGGAUGCAUUUUUUGUCUGUUUAUUGCUUUUCUCAGCUUUGUUCAAUAAACUUGCAUUUUGAGGGUUGUAUUGGCAAUUUUAACUUAAAAUGUACAUCAUGAUGAAAGAUGCAGACUUUUUGAAAGGGAACGGGAAGAAAAUUACUAUGAGUUGGGUCCAUAGACCAUGUGCUAGAAAGAAAUUAACUCAGUGUGCAGAGUUUGGUCUGUGGGCUAGUUAAAAUAGAAAUAAACUUUUAAAAUAUCCACAGA